GGGUCGAAAAUCGACUGCUGAAGUUUGCGACAUCAUCCAACAUGGGUGACGACAGACCUGCAACAAGGGCAGAGAAGUAUCUCUCAUCUGUCUUCAAAAUCCUUGAUGGCCCGGCAACUUUUUUUAGAGAAAAGAUUGUAGAACCUUGCCGAGGGCCAAAGUAUUAUUACUAUCACAGAAGAUUCCGAAGAGUUCCCACAAUAGACACGUGUGAAGUUGGCGAUGUACUGUGUCAUUUUGAGGCUGAUGAGCAAUUUAAGCGAGACAAGAAGGUGGACAGUAAGAUUUUAACUAUUCUCCGGCAGCGAAGACAGGAAUGUGAGGCCUAUGAAGGACCAGAUGCUCCGAAAAAGUGCCAGAAGUUUGUGAAGGAUUUGGCAGAUGCAGAGGAAAACUGGUUUAUUAAAUAUGGAGACCUGGGUGUAUCUGCCACAGUUACGGAUGCCUAUAUGAAGCAGAAGCACCGGCUGAUCUGGGAGAGAAGACAUGGCAAGGACAAGAUGAGAUCUGCACAUCUAACCUGAUGUAAUCUUAUGCACUAGAUUCAGUCAUAUAGUGCUAUUUCUAAUGGAUAGUUUUGUUGUGCAUUAGCUACUGUAGGGUGUUAUUACUGAGCCUGUUCAUCCAGGAUAAAACUAAUGAAGUUGUUCAUCAGUCAUAAUAUCUCAGCUGCCACAGUUCUGUUUGUGCUUAUUUCUUUCUAGUUAUGUAAAUAAAAAUACAGAAUUUGUU